UGCUGAGCUGUUCCAUCCACCGUCGUGCCCUAGUGCUUUUUAAUCUAUUUUUGCUCCCCAAUACGCAAUUCUCUCUCUCUCUCUCUCUCUCUCUCUCAUGGCGGCAUCCACCACCACCUCCUCCUCAUCCGACUACUCGUUGUCUCCUUCCGAUUCAUCAUCCUCCUGCUCUUCUCACCACCGUAACCGCCGCCGUCACCGCCGCGACAGAGACGCCCUCAAGAUUGGUAAAAAGAGCCGCUCCCGUACAAAACGUCGUCGCAGGCACCACUCCUCUUCCUCUGAAGAUCACAGAAGUGGCACUUCUUAUGACAGUGAGCAUGAAACAUCAAAUCAUUCGAAGAGACACAAGCAGAAUGACAAGCCAAAGAAGAGCAAGGAAAAGGAGAAAAGCAAGAGUCAUCGCCAUAAGCGUCAUAAGCAUAGAGUAAAAGAGAAGCAGCAGGAUGAGAGGAGUAGCAGCCCUGUACAGCUUUCCAAGUUUUUAGGGCGUGAUAAAGAUGAUGGUGCUCGUCGUAGUGCUGUUUCUGGGAAAAAGAUCCUUUUGAAGGUUGAGAAAACAAAGGAGGAUAAGUUGGCAGAAAACAAACGAAAUGAAUUAUUGAAGUUCUUGAACGCCAGUUAUGAUUGAUUAUAUGCAGCUUGGGGUAAAAUCAAUGGAAAGUUGAGAAGUUGGAAGAAUUGGAUGCAUCAAGGUUUCUUUGUUGGAUGAUGAGUAAUUUAGUUUUGGACAACCUGUUUUGUAUCUAUAAAUCUGUUACCUCUAGAGUUUCGAGCUUCAAUGAGAACUGCUAUAAGAACCUCUGAUUUAGUGAGUGUAUUUUACCGUACUGGUGCUUCCUUUACUGGAUGGAAUUUUUACUUUUUGUGUUUUGAUGAUACAAGUGUAGCAAAGUUUAAUGAA